AAAUGCUAAAAUCAAUUUAUUUUGCAUAUUUAAUGCUGACCUUAAGAAUUUCUAGGUUUUGACAACUGCUGCUAUACUGCAUGUUACUGACAGCACAGCAUUUAAGGUUUUCCGUUCCGGUGACCUGUAUUGUGGCACAUAAAUAGCCUUGUGACUGGGAAGGACUUGGUACUUGUUCAAUGCUGCUGUUUGACAGGUGACUGCUGGCACAUAAGAAUGUGUGUUGGGGGUGUUUAGGUUUCUCGUGUUCUGUGUACAUUUGUACCUGCUUUUUGCAUCCCCUUAAAGUUGCGUUGAAGUUUUCAGAUGCAGAUGCACAGUUCUGUAAAGCUCAGCUUACCCUGCUGACAGGGUGACAACUUCAGGGCUGCGCUGUAUCCCAGUCAUUCCCGCACCCCCACUCUGCUGGGGUGUUAAACCCAGUGUCAUGCAAAUUAGGCAUCCUCUUGAACUGGAUUCAGUACCCAACACCAAAGAAAUUAAAUGUUUCAGCUAGGAUAGUGGGACAUGCCCAUAGUCCCAGCACUCUGGAAGGCUGAGGCAGGAAGAUCUUCGCAGCCUGGGCAAUUGAGCAGUUUGGGCUCUUGUCUUCAAAACAAAACUGGAGAUACAUCUCAAUGCAAAGGCCUUGAGUUCCAGUACCAGGGAAAAAAGUGGUUGGUUAAGUGAUAGUUUCUUAGGUAAGCAACAGUGGCAUGAAAGCUGUUUUUGUUUUGUUUUGUCUUUUUGAGACAGGGUCCCAUCCUACAGUUCAGGCUGGUCUCCUUAGUUUCCCAAGUGCUGGAGUUAUAAGCAUGUGCCUGAUUUUUUUAAUACUCUCCAGUACUGGGGAUUGAACCCAGGGUCUUGGCACUUAGCUGAAGACCCCAGCUCUUUUUUUGGGGGGGGGGGGAGACACACACACAAAUUCUUAGUUACCAGAUUGGGCUGGAAUUUGAGGUCUUUUUGCCUCAGCCUCCCAGAAUGCUGGGAUUACAUCUGUGCACUGCCAUGCUGAACACUGUCAGUUUUGCUAGGCAGGACCCAAGACUCCUGGUGGGUGCCCAAAACAAAUGCUGUAUAGUGGGGUUUUUUCCUUAUUGGUACGUUCUAACUUACAAGUUAGAUGCAGUGAGAGUGGUAGAAUAAUUACGGCGUAACACUGGUUUCAAACCACUUGCACUGCACUGAACCCUGCCCAGCACAAAGUGAGUGCUGCGAUACCUUGUAGCGCUUGAGCUGAACAGAUGGCUGCUCGGUGAACCAGGUGGACAGCCAGCUGUCCUCUCCCCAGAGCAGAGGGAGCCUGUAACAGUGUACAACUUAGAUGUGUUUUUCUAGCUUAUGUGCUCCCAACUUAAAUGUGAUUUAUUUCUCUAGUCUUCUGUAUAUUUCAGUGUUUAGUACUUGGACUAGCAUUGACCACAUGGGAAAGGAACUAUGUACAUGUUCCUACAGCACAUUUCCAGUGUGAUCCCUGCCCUCUAGCAAAAAAGAGCUUUAACUUUUAGUUUCAGAGCCUGCCUCUUGCUGUGUAGUUUAGGGUGGCCUCAGGCUUGCAUCAGUCCUCUUGCGUCAGUCUCCUUAGUGCUGGGAUCUCAGAUGCACUACCAUGCCCAGCAAUCACAAUAGGUCAGAUGAGGCUGUAAUUUGCAUGUCUCUAGGUGGCUCUGAGCCACACAGGUGGUAUGGGACAACCCCAAUGGUUCGCAGCUGCCAGAUGGAUGUAUGGGAGGCUCCAGACCAUGGGAACAUCUGCCAUGCUCCCCCACCCUGUCUCAGCCACCUGGUAUGCUGGGAUUACUGGCUCAAGCCUGCUAUCACGUGUUUUUCAUUUGAAAAUGCACUGUUUUGCAGUCAGGCUGAAGUCAUCAGUUGCUAUGUCCCCAGAACUUUAGAGUUUGUCCUAUUUUGUGGAACUUGAUCUCUAAAACAUGGUCGUUUAAAAUAGGCAUUUUUAGCCAGGUGUGGCACAAACCUGUCAUUCCAGCACUCAGGAGGCAGAUUGCUUCAAGUUCGAGGCCCACCCGAGCUCUAUACUGAGUUCAACGUGAAUUUGAACUAUGUAAGACGCAGUCUUAAAAGAAAAAAUGGACACAAAAUCCCCCCUUUGUCAGCUUCCUGUCUGCAAGACACUGCUUGGACAUAUCAGAAGUCACACAGUUAACUUUUGCAGAGUUGAGAGGGGUGUGGUAGGGUGUAAUUUGACUUGCCCUUUUUAUUCUGUGGGCUUCUGUAUUGUCACUGACACUAGGGGUGGGACCCAGAGACUUGUGUGUCAUGAUAGAAGGUCCCAAGCACAUUGCAUUUGGCUCUCAGGUGGCAUUUUUGUCUCAUUUUAGCAACUACCAUGUAGUUAGCAUUUAGUUCUGUGCACUGCUUUUCAUGUACUUCACCUCAUUAAAGCUUUUUUUUUCCUGCACUGGGGGUCAAACUCAUAACCUCUGGCUUGCCAAGCAUGUGCUUAUGCCACUAAGCUAAAUCCCCAGCUCUGUUUUUUGUUCUUAAGGCAAAGUCUGAAAUUUGCAGGAAUCCGCCUGCCUCAGCCUCCCAACUGCUGGGAUUACAAGCAUGUGCCACCAUACCUGGCUGUAGUGUUACGGUUUACUGGUGUCUUGAGGACAGGUUAUCACAAUUCUGCCUCUCCCUUUUGAGUGCUGAGGUUAGCACUGGGGUUAGGCCUGUAUUGUUUUGUUACGGGAGAUUGAACCCAGGGGCUCUGCACUGAGGUACAUCCUCAAGGCUUUUUUGUUUUUUAUUUUGAUACAAGGUCUUCAUAAAUUGCCCGGGUUCGGCUGGAAUUUACAAUCUUCUUACCUCAGCUUCUUAGAAUGUUUGAGAUUACAGUUGUGCAUCACCACAUCAGACUAGUUUUAAAGAUUUUUUAAAGAAAUAACGGCCUAGCAGCACACUCCUAUAAUCCUAGCACUGGGGAGCUGAGGCAGGAUGAUCAUUGAAUUUGAGGCCAGCCUGAGCUACAGUGAGGCCCUGUUUCUAGAUGCCACACCAAACCCACCCCAAACAAAAACUUUAAAAUGCUGGGGCUGAAAUUCAUAGGUCCAAUCUCAGGAGCAAAACAGUGAUGUUUCUGGGACCUGUGAUGUCCAAAGGGCUGAGCAAGUGCCAAAGCCACAGGACACAUGCUUCCUUAGAGAACAGAGGUUGUGAAGCCGCACCAGGAUCACAGCACAGAAACCCGGUCCCAGGGGAGCAGCUAGCAGGUGCAGUAUCCUGUGAAUCGAAGCUGACUCGGGGAAUCGAGACCCCGGCUAGAGGCAUAUGCUCUAAACCAAGAGAGGAAGGAGGCCGGUGGGUCUCAGGAAUAAAAACUAGAGGCCUGGGGCGCAGCUCUGGAGUAGGGUGCUUGGCCCCAUCGGAGGCCUAGCUUCCAUGCCAGCACCAAAAAACAAGGCGAGCCAGGUGUGGGGUGCACAUCGUAACCCCAGCACUGGGGAGGCUGUGGUGGAGGGAUGAUGGGGUUGAGGUCAGUUAGAGCCACAUAGGAAGACUGUUAGACAUCUGAAAAGGAAAGUAAUGCGGAAGAACCGAACAAGCGUGGCGCGCUAUGCCCUGGGGAGCUGAGGCAGGAGCAGCACUGAGUUGGAGGCUGGGCCAGCCUGCGCAGCACAGGAGACCCUGGCUCAGAGAAACAAGCAGAACAUGAUGGCUGAGUCACAGACCGCUGGACAGAGGGCUCUGAGCUGAAAGAAGACUCCAUCCGAGACCCUGAGCAGAGGAAGCAGGAAGGGUGGCAGUGGCUCAGAGGGGCUGCCGAGCAGGGUGGUCCACCGUCCGCCGCGGCACCCUGCACUCUCCUGUCCUCAGUGCUGGAUGGAACCCAGGGCCUUGACCCCGGCUCCAUAUUACUGCCUUUGGUUUAUUCUCCAAGGAAUAAGGAAACAUAUCCCAGGGGUUAAAGUUCCUGCUGCCUUUUAAAGUUUACUGGGCCUAGUCAGGUGAGCGGCAGGUGGAAUCGGUCAGAGUCUAGGCUGGCCAUAAAAUGUUCAAUGCAGAAAAGGCAGUGAAGAUUACAGUGUCAGUCCCUGUGCCCCAGCCACCUGAUGACAUAAAAGGCAACAAACUAGGUGAGGGCCCAAAUGUCCUUGUCACAAGGCAAUACUAGCUGGGCAUGCUAGUAGUUCCACAUUACUGCCUGGGAAGCUGAGGCAGGAUGAUUUUCCUCCUGGGCUACAUAGUACAAGGCCAGCCUGAACUAGAUAGUAAGACCCUGUCUCAAAAAAAACAAAACAAAAAAAAAAAAUGGGGCUGGGGAUUUAGCUCAGUUGCAUAAGUGUUUACCUUGCAAGCACUCGGUCGAGAGUUCGAUCCCCGGUACCAAUUAAGAAAAGGAAAAAAGGCUUUUCUUCCUGCAGAAAUGAUCACCAAGACCCAGAAAGUAGACCUGGGCCCUGGGCUCCCAGAGAAAAAGAAAAAGAAGAAAAAGGUAGUGAAAGAGCCAGAGACUCAAUAUUCAAUUAUAAAUGAUGGGAAUUAUUUUGCUGGUACAUCUCCUGUGAGGGCCACAUCCCCCUCUAGGACUGUGAGCCAAGAGCAUGCACCUGAUACACCCUUGGUGAAGAAAAAAAAGAAAAAGACAGGCCACAGCACCCUUUGUGGGGAGCUCCCAGAAUCUGAGCCCACAUCACAAGUCAGACAGAUAGAGAAAUCACCCAGCUCCAGGAAACAGACCUGUGACUACUUGGAGUCCUUCAGUGGAGAGAAAAAAAAGAAGAGGAAAUCCUUGCCUUUGGCCACAUCAAAGAGCUCAGAGCUAAAGACCUCCCCCGACCCCAGACAAGGUGAGGAGGCAAUCAGAGUUGGCAAGAAGCUGAAAAAACACAAGAAAGAAAAAAAGUCCCAGGAUACCGCAGCCUGCUCAGCCAGGACUCUGCUGUGUGAGGUGGAAGGUGCUGUGUAUGGACACACAGUGGGGAAGGAGGCCGAGGAGCAGGCGACCUUAGGACAGAAGCGGAAGAAGGGCAGAUCCACAGAACACAGUGGAACAGUGAAAAGGAAGAAGAAGAAAGUCCACCAGGAGGAAGACUCCCAACUAAGCCACUCCCAGCUCUCUGGGUCAGUGGAGACCAGCCCUCGGAAAGAAAAGCAGCAGCCCGCCAGAGUUGAGGUUCUAGAGUACAUCCCAAUAGGAGAUCACCCUACAGACCCAGUGAAGAAGAAAACAAAGGCUAAGAAAAAAGUAGAACCGCCAGUUGUUGAGCUGGCUCAGAAAAGGAAGAAAAAGAAGAAAAAAGGGAAUGUGGGAGCAGCAGAGCCUUGGAAGGAGGAGCCAGACACAGACCUGGAAGUGGUGAUGGAGAAGAAAGGCAACAUGGACGAGACACACAUAGACCAGGCGAGGCGAAAGGCCUUGCAAGAGAGACUGAUCGGAAUCAGGCAAGACAGAAGCAUAGGAACCCAGGAAUUGGACGGGAACCCAGUUGGCCAGUGGGAUACUGCAGAUUUUAAAAGCAAGGAACAGAAACUGAAAUUUCUCAAACUUAUGGGUGGCUUUAAGAAUCUGUCCCCUUCAUUCACCUCUUCCUCUGGUAUGCCUGCAAGGCCCAACGUGCCCUCAGCAAGGCAGCAGCCGACACCUUGCAGCAGAAGUUGCAGCAGGGCUAUGACCGGGCCAUGAGCUGGAAGUACAACCGGGCGCUGGACUCGGCUUCUCUGCCACCCCCCCCCCAAAAAAAAAAGAAAAGGAAAAAAGAACACCAAAAUAUAAAAAAAAAAACCUGAGCUGUUCGUACAGAGAAGGCAGGGUAAAUGACUCAUUGUUUUCUUUUUUUUUUAAAGAGUAUCACGUGUAUAACAAAUUGACAGAAAACAUCUCUAAAGAGAAGUGGGUCAUCGAGGUACACAACUGUAAUCCCAGCACCUGGGAGGCAGAGGCAGGGGGACUGCUGGGAGUUUGAGGCCAGCCUGGGCUACAUGAAGAGUUCAAGGCCGGCGUGACUACAUAAAGACAAAACAAAACAAAACCUCCAGUAGUGAUAGGAAAUGGUUGCUCCCUUUCUCAUAUCCAUGCAUCCAGGAGUUUCCCCUUGGUCCCUUUGACCCUGUCAGAUGCCCUCCUUCAACCCACCCAGCUGGCAACCCUGGGCUUUUGGUCCCAGACCAGAACUAUGCAUUUUUUUUUUUUUUUUUGGUACUGGGGAUCGAACUUACAACAUAGCGUUCGCCAGACAGGUGCUUAUGCUGCUGAGCUAAAUCCCUGGCCCUAAACUUAACUUGAUAACUUGUGUGUGUGUGUGUGUGUGUGACCGGAAGUAUGGCCAAGGAACAGGUGCAAGAAACAGGCAUUGAUCCUGGACAGUUUCUGAUUUUUUUUUUAACAUGAGGAAAUACAUUUUAUUGCACUUUCAUUAUAAAAAAAAAAAAACCUUAGUUUUUGUCUGAGGCAGGCUCUCACUGUUAGUUCAGGUCAGCCUUGAACUCACCAUGGCCCCGGAUGUCCUCCAGCGAUCCUCCUGCCUCAGCCUCGCAGUGCUGGGAUUCCAGGCUGCACCACCUCACUCAGCCUCCUGGGCAGUGUUCUCUCUGUACCAGGUCCUCCUGGGAGCUUUGCAUACUCACCUCCAACUUCUGAAAUCUCAACUUUUCCAAGAAUCCCAAAAUCAGAUUCGAGCAUGUGACCCUUCUAGCUCAGAAGUCACACUAUUCUUAAAUGAAAGAGUCCCUCGACCUUAGUCCUCACAAGGAAACACUGGUUUGCUCUCUGUUGUUUCUGCUUUCUUCAGUAGUUUUUGGUCUAUAAAAGGAACUUCCUUUCCCUGUUAAGCUCAUCAGAACACUCCUAAGUACAGUAAAUAAAACUGGGUGUGGUGGUACACACCUGUAAUCCGGCACUCUGGAGGCUGAGGCAGGAGAGUUUGCCAUUAGUAUGAGGUCAAUUUGGGUUACAUAGUUCAAGGCCAGGCUGAACUACAUCACAAAACCCCGUCCCAAGAAAAAAUUACAGUUCAUAAAUAGAACUCAUAAAUGAUGUACUGGCUUCAGAUGUGGUUCCACUAAGUUCUGGGUUUGUGGAUUUGAGGCUCCUGGAGGUGAUUUUGGCACAGUUCCACCAAAGCUUGAACAGGGUCCAGAUUCUUCCUCCUUUUUUUCAGUACUGGGGAUCAAACCCAGGACCUUGCACAUGCUACGUAAGUUCUCUACCACUGAGCUACACCUGUCCUUUUUAAAAUUUUAUUUUGUUAAAUUACCCCCAGCAGGCCUUGAACCUGCAGUCCUCCUGAGAAGGAAAGAGGAACAAAACUUCCUCCUGAGAAGGAAGGAAAACCUUGGGUUAGGAAUUUUCCAGAGACUUAUUUUUCUGCACCAUCAAGAAUAAAACUGGGCGUGUGGCUUACACCUUUUAAUCACAGCCCCUGGGAAGCUGAGGCAGGAGGAUCAAGCCACAGGUUUGAGGCCAGCAUACACUGAGUUCAGGCACCUCACAGUGAGACCCUGUGUCACAAAACCAAACCAGAACAAACCAGCCCAAAGCUAGGCACCCACUGAGGAUUUUUCCCUUUUCUUUUUCUAGGACUGAACCCAGGGCGCGCUGAGCUACAGCCUCGCCUCUCCGUUUUGAGCCAGGCUUUCACUAAGUUGUCCCAAGUGGCUCAGGACUGAAGAUCCUCCUGCCUCAGUGUCCAGAGUAGCUGGGAUUACAGGAAUGUGUCCACACUUAGUUUAAAAUGUGGUUUCAACAAAAGCAAAAUAAAACAUAAAAAUGUAUUUUAAAAAUAUAUUAUUCAGGGUGUGUGGGGUGUAGUUCCAAGAUCCAGCACUAGCAGGGCGUUCCUGGAGGCCUACCCAGUGUUUCAAAACCCCACAGCCCUGGGUAGAGACAAAACCUGCAGGAAUGAGGUGGGGUCCUAGUGUUUUAAACUUUGAGAUGGGUCUCCUUGUGUCAUUUAGGCUAUGAACUCAUGAUCUCACUGUGUGUCCCAGGCUGGCCUCUAACUUGCAGUGAGUGACCCUCCUGCCUCAGCCUCCCAAGUGCUGGGAUGAUAGGUGUGUGCCAGUGCACCAGCCUAUCCCAUGCUGCUUGCAGGCCCAUGGACUGGCCUGUUAGUGUCCCAUUGGGUAAUGUGGUUCAGGAACCAAGGCAAAGUAUUACACCGCUGCACCCUGAGAGCUGGUAAUCUACGGGGAAAUGAAGUUUUUGUUUUGUUUUGUUUUGUUUUGUUUUUUUUAGGUACUGGGGAUUGAACUCAUGACCUUGUGCAUACCGGGGAAGUCCUUAAGCCGCUGAGCUAAAUCCCCAGCCCUUGUUUUUUUUUUUUGAGACAAAAAUCUCAGUGUAGCCUAGGGCAGCCUUGAAUUCAAAGAUCCUCUGGACUCAGCCAUCUAAGUGCUGGGAUCGCAGGCAUGCGCCACCACACCUGUUUCUUAAUCCUUCCUUUCAAACCCUGUUUCAGGAUUACCAAACUGUAUUAAUAAGUGAAGGCUCCCUGUUGCAGGAUGCCAGCUAGUAAAUGAGGAAGCAAGAAUGGAAGUUAAAAAUCACUAUUUUGCAACUCCUCAUGAAAUAACCGAAUCAAGCAAGCUUCAUGGGUCAUUUGGAGGCUGAUGGUAGAAAUGCACGGGAUGGGGUUGGGGCCACCUGAACCCCCUGUUCAGUCUCAUUUACAAUCUGUUUCCACAGCCAGGAUGGUGGCGCACACCUGUGAUUCCAGUGCUGGGAGGCUGAGACAGGAGGAUCGCUGUGAGUUCAAGGCCAGCCUAGGCUAGUGAGACCCAGUCUCAAAAAAGUGAGGUAAAAAAAUACAAUCUUGCUACUCCAAAGUGGAAUCUGAAUCCAGCUAAACUGUUAGAGGUUUACUGACUGGAAACAGAAGGGAAGGAAGAAGUUAGACAACACAUGGAAACAACCUGACAAAUUCAGUACAAUUUUCCACAGGACAAAUGACUGACUGGUGGCAUUGAAAACAGAGGAGAGCAUUCUAGGAGGUUGAGGCAGGAGAUUACACUUGUAAUCCGGGAGGUGAAUCUGCAAAUCUGAGGCCCUGGGCUACACAGUGAGUUCAAGGUCAGCCUGAACUAACAGCAACGCCCUAACUCAAAAAAAUCAAAGAAACAAA